GGACAGUCGCUUACACAAGCGCUUGUGUAAGUCAGUAGUAUUGCAGUUGUGUAAGUCGGGAAUGUAAAUAAUAGGAAACAGUAACAGAAAUCACUUCGGAAAGUAUUGCAGUCAAGUCUCCUACAGGCAACACACAAUCGCGUGGAGAUUAUGUGGUGGGCGUGUCUUCUUUGUCUGGGGCUGUUUGAUCUGGCUCAGGCUCAGCCCAUGUUCUCUGUAAAUACGGACACAGUUCUGCCUCCUCAUGCCCUUCACAACCCCACCCAGCUGAAUUAUGGGAUGGCGGUGACAGAUGUGGAUGGAGAUGGAGAUCUAGAAGUGGUGGUGGCCGGGUAUAACGGCCCAAACUUGGUUCUGAAGUAUAACAGUACCCAGAACAAACUGGAAAAUAUUGCCAUAGACGACCAAAGUUCUCCAUAUUAUGGCCUGAGAGACUUGCAGGGAAACGCAAUCGGAGUGACGGCCUGUGAUGUGGAUGGAGAUGGAAGAGAGGAGAUCUACUUCCUCAACACCAACAACGCCUUCUCCGGCCGGGCAACGUACGCAGACAAGCUGUUCAAGUUUCGUAACGGUCGUUUUGAGGAUUUGCUCAGUGAUGACGUAAAUAUAAAGAAAGGUGUGGCCAAUCACAUGGCUGGACGCUCAGUCGCUUGUGUCGACAGAAAGGGAACCGGCCGCUACUCGAUUUACGUGGCAAACUACGCCAGAGGGAACUUGGGGCCACACGCGCUGAUAGAGAUGGAUGAAGCAGCCAGUGAUGUCGAAAAGGGCAUUAUUGUGCUGUCUGACGUUGCGGCACAAGCUAACGUUAACAAGUACACAGGUGGGCGUGGUGUAGCUGUUGGUCCAAUCCUCAGCGAAUCAAGAUCAGACAUUUUUUGCGACAAUGAAAAUGGACCAAACUUUCUGUUUCAAAACAACGGUGAUGGCAAGUUCAAAGAUGUGGCUGCAGAUGCAGGAGUUGAAGACAAAUAUCAGCACGGGAGAGGUGUGGCUCUGACUGACUUUAAUGGUGAUGGGAAGACUGACAUUGUUUAUGGCAACUGGAACGGCCCACAUCGCCUUUACCUGCAGGACAAUGCGCAAAAAUUCAGGAAUAUCGCCACAAAAGCAUUUUCCACUCCUUCAGCCAUUCGCACUGUUAUCGCUGCAGACUUUGAUAAUGACCAGCAGCUUGAGGUGUUCUUCAAUAACAUCGCUUACCAAGGAAACGCCCCCAACAGAAUCUUCAGGGUGUCAAGGAAGGAGAAUUCCGACCCUGACAUCACAGAGCUGGAUGUGGGCGAUGCUUCUGAACCACAAGGGCGGGGCACAGGUGCCACAAUCACAGAUUUUGAUGGUGACGGUCUGUUGGAUUUAUUGGUGGCUCAUGGUGAGAGCGCAUCACAGCCAAUCUCUGUUUUUAAGGUCAACCAGGGCUCAAAUAAUAAUUGGCUGCGUGUGGUGCCCCGCACACGUUUCGGGGCGUAUGCCCGGGGAGCAAAAGUGGUGAUGCACACCAAACAGAGUGGCGUUCAUACACGCAUUAUAGACGGGGGGUCCGGUUACCUGUGCGAGAUGGAGCCUGUGGCUCACUUUGGAUUAGGGACUGAUGAGGCCACCAGCAUUAAAGUGUAUUGGCCAGAUGGGCGUUCAGUUGUCCGCCCGCUUGAGUCUGUCGACAUGAACACAGUCAUUGAGAUUUCAUACCCAAAAGAAGGGGAGGAGUCAACCUUUCACUCUGACACACAGGUAUGGAUGCAUGCAAAUGAGGAGGAGGAGUCAAUGCACACCUUAAAGAGUCGGUGUGGUGAGGGAUUUAGCAAAAACACAAAUGGCCACUGCGUCGUGACACUCUGAAAGAUUUGUCUGUGUGGACAUGUCAACGUCAGGUGAUGCAUGAUAUCAUUGUGUCCGAUGCGCCUCAGUUUACAUUCAACAAACUGGAGAACCGUGUAGACUGAAAACUUCCGCC